AUGAAGUUGCCUGCCUCUCUUCCUUUGGCAGUGCUGCUUGUGCUGCUCACCUUGAGCGGUCUCGCAGAGGUGGCCCAGGCGCAGGGUCUACUCGGUCUACUGGCACUGCAGAUGAAAGGGUACACGUCGUAUAGCUCCGCUUCUCUGUUGAGCUCUGGCAUAGCUGUCACGUACUCUAGCACUGAGACGACGUGCUUCGACGCUGGCGGCGUCCCAGCCAGCGACGCAAACACUCGGUUGAGCAACACCGUCGCGUACUGGAUGAGUAUCAACGGCGGUGGAAGCAGGAGCACUAUCUACACUGGCUCCAGUGCGGCGCCGUCCCUGCCCAACACGGCCUGUGCAGAGCGUGUCGAGGGCGCCACGACACCGAACAGCGCCAACUGCUACUACCGCUGGCGCUACGGGUUCUACGACAUGUACUCGUACAAAGACGAGCCUGGCACGGCGUACUGGGCUAACCUCUACCAGCAGAGCUCGGGAGACAGCCAGGUUCUGAAUCAGUUUGAACAAUUCAUCUGGGAGCCGAAGGUCGACGCCUCAGGUAAACGAUACCCACGUGGGUACUUUGGCGGCGUCGCCAGUUUCGACCCCGUCAUGAGGGGUCUCUACCGCAUGGACGCGCCACUAGUGCCGAAGAAUAACGACCCGAACCCAACGAGCAGCUUUAUGAUUGUGUGCGAGCACCAGCUCUAUCCGGAGAGGCCCCCCUUUACCACGCGCAUGCCGCAGCCAGUGUUUGUGAAUGGCUUCAAAACCCUCAUGUGGUCUCAGUCGCACUGGUGGGUCAUCUUCCUGAUAGUAGCCAUUAUCAUCCUGGCCUUCCUCUUCUUCAUCGUCAUCUACUGCUGCUUCACUUCAAUGAAGCCAAAGGAGGAGCCGCCGCUGUUCGUGAUGGUCAUCCGCGAGCGCGUUGGCAAGGGGUACGUCGUCACUGAUAGAGCAUCCCAGGCGACAAACCAGCAGUACGCCGUGCCAGGUGGGAUGCCGCUGCCACCGCAGAUGCUGUCACCGCAGAUGCUGUCACCAGCGCAGGAGGAGCAGCGCCGCCAGAUGCGCUAUGGACGCGGUUUUAAUCCGCUGCAGCCGCACGAUUCGGAGGACAUGGCCGUGGGUGCGGCCGGUAUCUACCAGAACGGCGGGCGCACUCAGUAUGCCCACGGCAAUGUACCCACGAGCUCGGAUGGCAACCUCAUCGGCUGCAACGCCGUGGAUAUCAGCGAGGAGGGCUUAUCUUACCAAGGAUCGUCACAGAAUGUACAAGAGGCGGAUGGCGCGGGAAAUGCCCCCCAGGAGCCCAGCCUCGUCACCUCGAAGCGUCGCAGCAUGCGUCGCAGUCGUAACCGCAACAUUUCGCAGGCCUUCGACGAUGUCGAGGUACCACAGGCUGGCGAGAUCGAUGAGGCGAACGUGAACCUCUAA